UGCGGGCGCACGCGGGCUAGCGACGCACGGUGCCGGUACCUUAGAAGCCAGCUUAUUCACUGUGCAACACGCAGCGGCACGCGUCCACGACGCAGCAGCAGCAAGCGGCAGCAACGCAGGGGCAGGGCCAUCGGCUGACACUACCGAGACCCGCGAGACCGAAGCGACUGCACGCGUCGGCGGAGAACGCUCUAGCUCUUCCGGAGAUUCCGACGAAUUCUUAGAUCCGAUUGAGCAGGACCCGCCGCUCAGCGGCCAAGCAGACACAGCAGCUGCGCAGGGUCCCAUUCAGCAGCAGCAGGCGCCAUCUGGGCAAGCGUCACCUGCGCCUGAUCCCUUCACCGCUGCUCAGCAACAACUAGUCAAUAACCCGCUGUUCAUCACCUACUGCGACGUCAGCUCAGACGACGACGAUAUGGUGUCAGCAAGCAAGUAUAUGGAGCCCUGGUCUCAUGAGCAGGUGCCCAUCUCUGAGGCUGCGCAUCAUCAAGCACGCGCCCACUGAGGGCAGCCACUACGAGCACUGGCACAACACCGUGUUCAACACGCUGGAGGCUGGCGCGCAGGCGGCAUGGGAUGCCGCCAACCCCGCCCCCGCAGGGGGCGGGGCCGCGCCGGCCAUGACUGGCGAGUACGUGGUGGAGCACUACAUCAAGCUGCUCACCGCACACUUCCAGCUGGAGCGUGAGCGCCACUACCAGGACCGCUACCCGACGCUGACGCAGGAUCAGCGCGCGCCCACUCACCUGCUUGCGGACAUGCAGCAGUGCUGGCCCUACCUGACCAACGUGCUGCCUGACAACUUCGCGCUCGCCUUCAUCAAGAAGCUGCACCCCGGCAUCCGCGAUGACAUGCACCGCCGUCUCAAAUGCGAACCCAUGAACACGUGGUUCGCCAAUCUGCAGCGCACCGCCAACGAGGCCAACAUUGCCUGGGACAACUACCGGCGGCAGCAGCUCCUGGAAAACGCGCCCGACCCCGCCGCCAAGGCCAUGGAGCGCAGCGCGGCCCGGCCGGCCAGCUCCACCGGUGCCACGCGCGGCUCGGCGGCGUCCGGCAGCAGCAGGGACAAGCCCUUCUACUGCACUGAGCACAAGGAGAACGCCAUGCACAACACCGCCGACUGCAAGGUGCUGCAGCGACGCAAGCAGCAGGCCGCCCUCGUCACCAGCGACGGCGCCGGCCCCUCCACGUCCGGCCCGCCUGGCUACCAGUCGCACUCCCAGCGCCUGGAGCUGGUGGCCGCGCUGGUGUCCAUGGGGCUCUACGACGCGGCCAAGGCGGUUGUGACGGGAGCGGCCACGAAGUGGCAGGCGGAGGCAGAGAAGCGCAAGGACCGCUUCGGAGCGGCCGCCGCACGCGGUGGCAACAACGGCUCGGGCAAGGGCGGCGGCGCCCACAACGGCAGCAACGGUCCCCGCCGGCAAAACCCGUCGGCCCACGAGGACGGCCGCUGCACCAUGUGCGACCGUUACCACCCCGGCCUGUGCUACAUCGAGCACCCGGAUCACGCGCCCCGCGGCUUCCGCUUCCGCAGUCAACGGCUGCAGGUGAUGUUCGAGGCCGCGCAGAAGAAGGCUGGAGGCGGAGGCCGAGCCAACGGUGGUGCGGCCGCCAACGUCACGGACUACCAGGAGGAGGAUGACGACUUUUACAGCGCCGCCGUCACGGCGCUGUCUGCCCCGCCGCCGGAGCCCCAGGAGUCGGCGGCGCCGUGGUUCCUGCUGGACGCAGCUGCGACCGACGUGAGCAGCUGCAGCAGCUGCGAGCCCUACUGCGGGAUGGUCACCAGUCACGGUGAGGAGGAGCCGCCGCCGAAGGCGGACGGGUACGCGAGCCUCCUCCAGGGGCUGCCGAUCUUCAACGGCGACCAGGCCCGGGAGCGGGCGCUGCUAGCCUUCGCCCGCCAGGUCGAGCUCUCCGCCAUGGUAACGAGUGGCGGCACCGGCGAGGAGGAGGCCACCUGGAGCGCCAGCGCACCCAGCUGGCUCAUCGGCGUGGAGGCGCUGUCUGCUUGUAACGCCAGCGGCGGCCCUCUGGCUGACUGCUGCUCCCUGGUCACCGGCGACGAGGCCUCAGGUCCGCCGCCCGGCACCUCGGCACAGGCGCCCGACACCUCGGCGCUGGCUACGCUUCGGCAGCAGCCCGCCCCCAUGGGGUUUCAGCCCGUCGUCAUCCAAGGCACUCCAGGAGUGCCCUUCCGCGAGCCGCCGCGGCCGGCCACCCUGUCGCUGGAGGACUACAUGUCGCACUCCGCCAGCACCUUCCGCGCCAAGCACGCCGACCUGCGCCGCACCCUGAACGCGGAGCUCAGUGAGCUGCUGGGUACGUAUGAGGUGUGGCACGAGGGCCUGCGGCAGCGAGUUGCACAGGAGACAGGCAAGGCACUACAGCCUGAGACGGUCUGCGCCACCGGCACCGGCGUCGGAGGAACACGGGCCAUCACGCCGGAGGUCCUUGGCGACACGGCCAGCCCGUACAUCGCCAGCAACCCGCCGGUGGGCAAGGACGGCCAGAUCCUCAGCAAGUACCGCGCCAUCACCGAGAUCCCUACGGCCGAGUGGGCCAGGCUGGUAGCCAGGCAGCCGCAGCUGCAGAGCUACUUCGCCGAGAAGCACAAGAUGUUCUACUGCUCGGCAGGCGACUUCGCCAUUGAGAACAAGAACGGCGCGCAGCAAGGAGCCGGAGGGGCGGGCAGCAGCCGUGGGCAAGCGCAAAGCGCGCCCGCUGGCCCUCCGCCACCCAUUGUGCUGCGCGACCACAGCGCCAGUGUCAACCUGGUCACCCAGAGCUUCGAGCUUGCGCACGAGCAGCUGGUGCUCCGCAUCAAGCCCGGCUCGCAGUACGAAGUGCGCAUCCCCAUGUCCAAGACGCUGGUGGUGAGCGACACAUACCUGUUCGACAUGCUCAUCGGCAACGAGCAGAUGCAGCCGGUCGCCAGCUACGUCACCGUGUUCCCUCGCCCCGUGAUGCACCUGCACCCCAACCUGCUGGAGUUCCCCUCUUUCGUCCUGAGCCUGCCGCUGCGCAACGCCCACGGCGUGCGCGCAGCGCUUGCGGCGCAUAACUGCAAGCAGCACAACGGCAGCGCCCCGGCUGAGCCCACCAACGGCGAGGCCAGCCAAGGCCGCGAUUUGCCAAAUCUUACCGGACACCAUGCACACCAGUGAAAAGCCGGUUCAACAGCACCAGCAUGCUCAGUUUAUGUACUGUAUUAAUUAGUUGUGUGUUAUUACCAAAGCGACAAGAUCCUUGCACAGGGCAGAGCCAUGUCCGAGUCCUACUACUAUGCUGGCAGAGACAGCUUCCACACGUCUGGCGGUGGCUCCAUUGAGUUUGCCGAUAGCAAGGGCAACGUGGUGAACAUGAACGACCACAGGUGCAGGAGGGGCGGCAGCGGCAGCGGCAGGCCCUUCUGGAACGGCGUUGGAUGCAUUGUUGAUGACAAACGAAUAGAGUUUGGCUCUAUAAAGUGGUACGUACAAUAAGAAUUGAGAAAUACGGCUUGUGUGCGAAACGAAAAAAAACCCACUGGU